UCAACUCCUCUCCGAGCACCAUUCUUGAAUGCUUUACACUCAAGAGCAGCAAUAUCCUAACCUGAGAUUUAUCCUGAAACCAUGAAAGCAAACCUUCUUACCACCACAUUGUGUCUCUCUUCCCGCAGACAAUGAACCCUGAAACACUCCCAAUCGUCUCUUAACUUUGAUAAGGAGGCAUGGAAAAUAUUUUCUCAUUCAACCAGAAAAAAUAAAUUCUCUUUAUUUUGUAUCCAAAGCAAAUCUUAACUCAAAUUUAGUUUUUUCAUUUAUACUUUAGAGUCCUUUGGCUCGUUGUUAAGCCGUUUUACUAUCCCACCUGAUUCCGCUUUUGAACCCGGGAUCUUCUCCUUUAUAAGAGACAGUUACCAUUGAACUAAAUCCGGUGGUUAAACAAAAAUCAAAUUACAACAGAAAGAAAAGAGCCGGCUGACAAUGACAGAAGGUUUGGUGACCUUCUUACUUAGUAAGCUUGCAGAUUUUAUCCAAGAAGAGGAGCGACUAUUGACAGGUGUUAAGGCAGAAGCUGAGUACAUCAGGGAUGAACUAGAGUUCAUGGUGGUCUUUCUAAGAGCUGCAGAUGCGAUGGAAGAGAAAGAUGAUGGACUUAAAGUGUUAGUGCAGAAAGUGAGAGAUGUUGCGUAUGACAUGGAAGAUACUCUUGAUCAUUUCAGGCUGCGUCUCACACAUGAUCAUGGGGAUAAGUUCUGUUCUUCUGUUCAAACAAUUUCCAACUCCAUCAUCACUUUAAAAGCUCGGCGUCAAAUUGCUUCAAAAAUCCAAGCACUCAAAAGCCGAGUUAUAAAUAUCUCAGAGGCACAUCGGAGAUAUUUAAUCAGGAACAACAUAAUGGAGCCAAGCUCGAGCUCCACCCACACACCAAGGGUGGCCAGGCCAGGGAAUAUAGUUGAAGAAGCAAAUAUAGUUGGCAUUGAAAAGCCCAAAAAGCUUCUUAUUGGGUGGCUUGUCAGAGGCAGAUCCGAACGUGAAGUGAUAUCAUGGUUGGAAUGGGUGGUUUGGGUAAAACCACAUUGGGUUUGGAUCACUCUCUCUCCAUCUUUCAAGGAAGAGGACCUUCUAAAAGAUAUAAUUCAACAGCUCUUCCGUGUGCUCCAGAAAAAUGUUCCUCAAGGAAUGGACAACGAUAGGCUAAAGACGGCAAUCAAUAGAUUCCUUCAGAAAAAAAGGUAUCUCAUUGUGUUAGAUGAUGUGUGGCAUGCUGAUGCCUGGGAUGCUUUUGAACCUGUGUUCCCAAACAACAGUCGUGGUAGCCAUAUAUUGCUGACAACGCGAAAAACUGAAGUAGCCCUUACUGCCUGCAUAGAAUUCCCAGAUAAAGUGUACAAUUUGGAUCCAUUAUCUCCAGAAGAGUCUUGGACUUUGUUUUGCAAGAUGGUAUUUCAAAACAGCCACUGCCCAGAACAUUUGAAGAACGUUUCAGAAAGAAUUCUGGGAAGAUGUGAAGGACUGCCGCUUGCUAUUGAGGCUAUGAGUGGUGUUCUUGCGACGAGGGACAGGAGUAAAAUAGACGAAUGGGAAAAGGUGUGCCUUAGUCUUGGUGCUGGAUUCGAAGACAACAACAGAAUGAGGAAUGCGUUGAAGAUACUAUCACUCAGUUACUAUGAUUUACCUUAUUAUCUCAAAUCCUGUUUGUUGUACUUCAGCAUGUUCCCUGAGGGCAUACCGAUUCAGCGUAUGAGACUUAUUCGAUUGUGGAUAGCAGAAGGGUUUGUGAAAGGAAGGGAGGGAAUGACAUCAGAGGAGGUUGCAGAAGAUUUUUUGAAUGAGCUCAUAAAAAGAAGUUUGGUCCAAGUGGUAGAAGCAACCAGUUAUGGACAAGUUAAAACAUGCCGCAUCCACGACCUUCUCCGUGAGAUACUGAUUACAAAGGCAAAAGAGCAAGAUUUCGUUGCGAUAGCCAAGGAACAGAACAUGAUUUGGUCUGAAAAGGUCCGCCGUGUAUCGAUACAUAACGACAUGCCAAGCAUGCGACGAAUACAUGUUGCAUCUCGCCUCCGUUCAUUGUUGGUGUUCUGGGGAAAAGAUUAUUUUCCCGGGCCUCCUAAAUUUAUUUCGCCUUCUCGUUCAAGGCUGCUUACCGUGUUAGAUAUGGAAGGCACGCCUUUAAAGGAAUUUCCAAAUGAAGUGGUCAGCCUCAUCUUUUUAAAGUAUCUAAGUUUGAGGAAUACCAAGGUGAAUUCCGUUCCAAGCUCAAUUAGCAAGCUUCAGAACCUGGAAAGUUUGGAUUUAAAGCAUGCCCAGGUCACUGAGUUGCCUGUUGACAUUCUGAAGCUCCAAAAGCUUCGCCACCUGCUAGUGUAUCGCUAUGAAACUCAUGAGUCUGAUGAUCAAAUUCGCAACAAACACGGUUUCAAGGCACCAGCUCAGAUAGGAAAUCUACUUUCAGUACAAAAGCUUUGCUUCCUAGAAGCAGACCAAGGCCAGAAACUUAUGUCAGAACUGGGAAGAUUGAUUCAUUUGAGAAGGUUAGGCAUUCUAAAGUUCCGGAAGGAAGAUGGGAAGGAUUUAUGCUCCUCCAUUGAUAAGCUGACGAACCUUCGUGCAUUGUCUGUUACUUCAAUAACAGAGAGCGAGGUCAUUGAUCUGGAGUACUUAUCUUCUCCUCCUCAAUUUCUUCAGCGACUAUACUUGACAGGACGUUUAGAGAGGUUACCAGACUGGAUACUCUCACUUGAUAGUUUGGUCAAGUUGGUUUUAAAAUGGAGUCGCUUACGUGAAGAUCCGCUGCUAUUUCUUCAGAAUUUGCCCAAUCUGGUGCACCUUGAAUUAAUACAAGUUUAUAGUGGCGAAGCAUUGCAUUUCAGUAAUGAAGGAUUCGAAAAGCUUAAGGUUUUGGGUCUAAACAAAUUAGAACGGCUCAAAUCUAUAACCGUGCAGAAGGGAGCAUUGCCUUCUCUCCAGAAGCUAGUUGUCCAGGGUUGUAAACUACUGCAGAAGGUGCCCUCUGGAAUCAAACACCUCGCUAAGCUCAAAACACUUGAUUUUUUUGACAUGCCGUAUGAUUUUGUCAAGAGGCUACGGCCUGAUGGAACUGCACAGAGAGCGGGAAGGACUUUUCUCCAAAAGUCAGUUGUCCAAUUCAUUAAAAUAGUGCAGAUUCUUCCAUUUGAUGCGCCCAACGAUUUCAUCAGGAGGCUCCAUCCGGAUGGAGAUGGUGAAGAUUAUCAUGAGGUUCGAAAUGUGCCUGAGAUUUACUGCACCUAUCAGAAAAAUGGCAAUUGGGAAAUCUACUACAAUUAUGCAAGACCAGACAUUCUUUUGAAAAGGCAACCUGAUUGGAAGCCAUGAUUUGCAUCUGUAAUUUUGUGAUAGAUGCUAGAGGUUGAAUAAUUUCCUUAAAACUAUGAUGUUUUGAAGUUGGUUGUAAAUUAAUGAAAGCAUUUUUUUUUUAA